AUGAGCAACCCGCAGGCUCUCCUCGCUUCUGCUCGCUCAGCGUACCGCUCAGCGUUGCGGGCUUCAGCAUCCACAUUUCAGGGUGACGCCGUCGUGCGGAAUGCAUUCCGCUCAAAGAUUCGUGGCGAGGUCCUGCCGUACAACCCUCAAAUAGACGCAAAACAGUUUGAGGAGAAGGUCACGCUGGUCAGGGAGAUCGCUGACGUCCUCCGGAAGAAUGUCGUGCAGGCCCGGAAGAUAGAGGAGGCGCAGACCGCAGAAGAGAAGGAGCUGUGGGAGUUGAACAUCCGUAAGGAUACCGAGCUUGGGUCCAACGACUCGAUCAAGACGGCCAAGACUCAGUCCAGUAGAAGUGCGCGGAGGCAGGAUGGUCCGGUGUUGUCAAUCAUGACCAGCCCCGACGAGGCAUCACAGCGUGAAUCCACACCGGCCGUGCCGCGUUACUACUCCCAGCUAAAGAAGGCCCACAAGGAACGUGUCGUGCCGGAGCUAAAGGAGGCAGACCUUGAGGAGUCUUUUGUCAGAGGAAGUGGACCUGGUGGACAGUCGGUGAACAAGACGGAAAACAACGUCCAACUGUUACAUAAACCGACCGGUCUUCGAGUUGCAUGUCAGGAGACGCGUUCUCUACAGCAGAACAGAAAAAUAGCACGGAAGAUAUUGUUGGGCAAGCUUGACGCGCUGUACAAUCCAGGGUUGUCGAAGCAGGAGUUGUUAAAAGCUAAGCAACACGAGCGUGACCGACGCAGGAAGAAGAAAGCGAAGAAGAGGCAGAAAGAGAGGGAAUCUGAGGCUGAGGCUGGAGCUGAAGCUACUGAGAUGCGAGAACAAUGA